AUGUCAAUUUCUCCGGUAUUAUUCACUCUUAUUCUAAUUCCAUUAACAUUUUUAAUCUAUAAGAAUUUUAUCAAGAAUUCUCAAGCAAAUGGCAACAAUAAGACUAAAAAUAACAAUGAAGUAUUAGAUGGAUCUGAUGAAGUUCAUUCAUUCCCAUUAAUCUCGAAGAUUGUAAUGUCUAAAUCUACAUCAAUUUAUAGAUUUGGGUUACCUAAUGAGACUGACGUUUUAGGUUUGCCAAUUGGUCAACAUAUUUCCAUUAAAGCACCAAUUAGUGAGGGGAAGUUCAUCUUACGUUCUUAUACACCAAUCACAUUAGAUUCUAUGGCAAGUGGUUAUUUUGAAUUAUUGGUAAAAACAUAUACUAACGGGGUUGUAUCUACAUACUUGAAUGAUUUGAAGAUUGGUGAUUAUAUUCAAGUUGUUGGACCACGUGGGAAUUACAGUUAUCAAAGAAACAUGAAAUCUAGAAUUGGGAUGAUUGCAGGUGGUACUGGGAUUGCUCCAAUGUAUCAAAUCAUGAAAGCUAUUGCUAUGGAUCCUAAUGAUAACACAAAGGUGAAUUUAGUUUAUGGAUCAUUAUCGAUUGACAAUAUUUUAUUAAAGAAAGAACUUGAUGAAUUAGUUGAGCAAAGACCAAACCAAUUCAAAGUUCAUUAUUUGGUCGAUAGGAUUGAAGAACCUGAAAUUGCCAAGAAUUGGGAAGGUAGCAUUGGCUAUAUCUCACCUGAGAUUAUGAAGGAUCAUUUACCAGUGAAUGAAAAAUCCAAUAAGAAUCAAAUAUUAAUCUGUGGUCCUCCAAGAAUGGUUUCUUCGAUCAAAAGAUAUGUCACAACUUUGGGUUACGAACGCCCAAAGGGUGUGUCCAAGGGACAAGAUCCAGUUUUUGUUUUUAAGUUUCAAAUAUGUAUAUAA